AUGGCGACGGUGCAGCCACAGCUCGUCUUUGUCGACGGCUCGUUCAAUGAGCUGGCGCAGGAAAUGGCUGACUACAUCCACGUGGGCGAUGAGGUCAAGACGCUGAUCGAGAAGGACCAGCAGGAUGAGGUUCUUAAGAAGAUCGUCCUGGCGUCCACUGCACUCAACUCGGUCCCCGAGAAGGAGUUCACCCCUGCUUACAACCUGCUCGUCUACCUCAUCAUGCAGUCCAAGAACGCCAACAUGCUGCUGUCCAAAGUCUGCGAUAACCUGAUGAAGCCGAUCACCUCCUCCCCCACCAACGGGCCCGGACUGGCCCUAGGCGCCCUCACCAACAUCUUCAACAUGCUGCCCCCCGAUAACGAGAUCCGAUACCAUGUCUUCUCCGCCAUUGUCCGCUUCGUCAAGCACCACGGUUUGUUCGACUACAUGAAGCGGUACCUGCCCAAGCUGGACCAGUGGGUAGAGGAGUGGGACAUCGAUGAGGAGGACCAGCGAAAGAUGUUCGAGGAGAUCGCUGAGGUGGCCAAGGAUGCGGGCGACGAAGAGGCAUCAUACGAUUACGUGCUCAAGGCAGUGCGCACCUUUGCCGAGGAAGACAUCAAGUCGGAAGAGGCACAACGCCUUUCCCUCCGCGCCAUCAAGACCGCCAUCACCUCCCCCACACAUUUUGACUUCCAAGACCUCAUGUCCAUCCCUGCCAUAUCCGCUCUCUCCGACUCGAACCACGUCUACUUCGAGCUCCUCGAGAUCUUCGCCGAGAAAGACCUGGAGGACUACAACGACUUCAACGAGGAGCACGAGGGCUUCCUCGAGAAGGAGCACCUCGAUGCCGACAAGUUGUACCGCAAGAUGCGUCUCCUGACGUUCGCCUCUCUGGCCGCCUCAACGUCAUCCCGCGAGAUCCCCUACAAGAACAUCGCCAAGGCGCUGCAGAUCCCCGAGGAGGACAUCGAGAUGUGGACCAUCGACGUGAUCCGCGCGCAGCUCGUUGAGGGCAAGUUGUCGCAAAAGAAGCAAGUCUUCCUCGUCCACCGCACAACGUACCGUGUCUUUGGCGAGAAGCAAUGGCGCGAGCUCGGCGAUCGCAUUGACGGCUGGCGGUCGACGCUAAAGACGGUCGCUUCCGCGUUGCGAAAGGAGCAGGUCAGUGCUGAGGCCGCCAAGAAGCGAGAUGCGGAGGAGCUCGAGCGAAAGCUGGCGGGCGCCUCGGUCAUGGACGGUGGACGUACAAUGGGUGGUGAUCGGGGUGGACGACGCGGCCUGGGCGACCGGCCUCCGCCGAAGCCAAGGAAUGACGACGACGACUAG